AUGUUAAUCAAUAAAUUAAUUCACCCAAUUAAAAAUUUACCUACACCGUGUAAUAUUUCAUAUAUAUGAAAUUUUGGUUCAUUAUUAGGGUUUUGUUUAAUAGCUCAAAUUAUUACAGGUUUAUUUUUAUCAAUAAAUUUUUCAAGAGAUAUUUCAACAGCAUUUUCCAUAAUCUCUCAUAUUCAACGAGAUGUUAAUAAUGGAUGAUUAAUUCGCUCUAUUCAUGCUAAUGGAGCUUCAUUAUUUUUCAUUUUUCUUUAUUUUCAUGUAGCACGAGGAAUUUAUUAUUCUUCUUUCCAUUUUUUUAAAGUGUGGCUAUCUGGAAUUAUAAUUAUUUUUAUUCUAAUAGCAACAGCUUUCUUAGGUUAUAUUUUACCUUGAGGGCAAAUAUCAUUUUGAGGGGCAACUGUAAUUACAAAUUUAAUUUCCGCUAUUCCUUACAUUGGAAGAUCGAUAACAUAUUGAAUCUGAGGAGGAUUUUCUGUAGACAACAAUACUCUAAUUCGAUUCUUUUCUUUACAUUUUCUUCUUCCUUUUAUUUUAUUAUUUAUAGUUCUUAUCCAUAUUACAUUAAUUCAUGAAAAGGGAUCAAGAAAUCCUUUAGGUAUUUCAAUAAAUAUUGAUAAAAUUCCUUUUCACCCUUAUUUUAGAAUUAAAGACAUUCUAGGAAUUUUUACAAUUUUAAUUAUGUUUUCUUUAAUUGUGAUUGUUUAUCCUUACAAUUUAAUAGAUGCAGAAAAUUUUAAUAUUUCUAAUCCAAUAAUUACUCCUCCUCAUAUUCAACCUGAAUGAUAUUUUUUAUUUGCAUAUGCAAUUUUACGUUCAAUUCCUAAUAAAUUAGGAGGAGUAGUUGCUUUAAUAAUGUCAAUUAUUAUUAUUGUUAGAUUUUCAUUUUCUAUAAAUAAAAAAAUAUCGUCAUUUUAUUUUAAUAAUUUAAAUAAAAUUUUAUUUUGGUUUUUAGUAAAUUGUUUUCUUAUAUUGACAUAUCUCGGAGCUAUACCAAUUGAAUAUCCCUAUGAUUUCAUAAGUAAAAUUUAUACAAGAUUAUAUUUUUUAAUAUUCAUUUUAAUUCCCCUAUCAUAG